AUGUCUUGGUCAGUUGUUUUAGUUUCAGCCACGAUAUUUGUGCAAUCUCUGGCAUUCAGCGAUUUUCCUUCUUAUGAAGACAGGUUGACAUUUAAGGUCUAUCCGCAAGGACUUCAAAAUAAAAAUGUUACAAAAGCGCUUUCCGAGCUAAAACUGUUAGUUAACAACGCACUUGAUGCAGAAUUUCUAAAGAACAUGGCCGAAUCUGGAGACAGAGACUCCUUGGGAUUAAGCUCGGGGCUCUUUGCCGAAAAUUACACUGUAUCAGAAACCUGCCGCAGCCAGUUGAAUCAUACAAUAAAUGGAUUAAUUAAUGGUGAAUUCUGGGCUCUUAAAAUGUUGGACGCUUCAGCCAAAAUAGAUUCGGGUAUUUUAGAAGGUAAUACUAUAUGGCUUGGAUCUUAUGACGAGUGUUUCCAAAUAGACGAGACUCUACCAGGAAUGCCUCCCUCCAAUAGUGGAAUGCAAACACAUUUCUGUGCUGUCGAAAUACCAAUAAAAAUCGCAUAUAUUCCCCUAACUGUGUAUGUUGCUGUAUGUAUUCCUAAAGAAUGUUCAACUGAAGAUCUGAAAUAUCUCGCUAAUGAAUUGUUCUCGAUGAUAGAAAAACUUCUUCAAAUUAAAAAUUCGAUUCGUAUAACCAAUGCCUUUUGUAAAGCAGUACCUGAAAUUGACACAAGGGCCGUUGUAGCAAUAGUCAUUCUAGGAAUAUUUGCUGCCCUUUUAGUAGUUAGUACAUUGUAUGACAUCAUUUUCAUUCAAUGGCCCACGAAAAGGGACCAGACAUUACAGGAGCAUGCAUCGACAAACGAUGAAAAAACACCCCUUCUGCACGAGAGAGAGAACUUGGUCCCCAAAAAUGAAUCUAUCCUACAAAAGCUCCUUCUCUCCUUUUCGUUAUAUUCAAAUGGGAAAAAAAUCCUACAAGUCAAUCAGUCUGCCGGAACAUUAACUGCAGUGAACGGAAUUCGGUUCCUCAGCAUAUCCUGGGUUGUACUGGGCCAUUCGUUUGUGUUCACAAUCACCAAUUUUAGGAACUACUAUACAGCUGCACCAAAAUUCAUGAAGCGAUGGUCUUUUCAGGCUGUCCUUAAUGCUUUAGUGUCAGUGGAUUCUUUCUUUGCUCUUAGUGGUUUGUUAGUAGCUUACCUAACUCUCAGAGAAAUGAAAAAAGGAAAGGGAUUCUUCAGAAUCAACUGGUUCACGUUUUACUUCCACAGAUUCUGGAGAUUGACCCCUGUGUAUAUGUUAUUAUUGAUGAUCAGUGCCUGUCUAAGCCGAUACUUCGGAGACGGACCCUUGUGGCCAGAGCAAGGCUUCGAAAAGGAUUACUGUGAAAAUACGUGGUGGAGAAACCUGCUCUACAUUAAUAAUUUGUAUAACACUGAACCGUGCUUUGGUGUGUCGUGGUAUUUAGCCAAUGAUAUGCAGUUUUUUGUCCUGAGUCCAUUGAUGUUAAUUCCAUUGUAUUUUUAUUACCCGCUGGGGAUAGGUGUCUGUUUUGUUUGGCUGUUGGGAUCUGCUAUCACACCAGGUGUGGUGUCCAGUGUUUUGGAUCUCCCACCAUCAUCUGCAGGCGGAGGUGGAUCUCCCGAAGGGAGAGCAGAUUACAUGUCUGACUACUACAUAAGACCGUACUGUCGAAUGGGACCUUAUAUUGUCGGAAUAAUUGUUGGAUCGUUAUUGUACAAAACAGAUUGUAAAGUCAAAAUCAACAAGUACUUGAACUUGUUGCUGUGGUUCAUCUUUGCAACACUUGCUAUCUUAGUUCUCUAUGGACUACGUGAUGCUUUUGUCUACCCGGAGGAUGCCCUCAAUCGUGACGUGUCGGCUCUCUACAACGCCACUCACAAAAUUGUCUGGGGAGCGUGCGUGUGCUGGGUCAUAUUUGCAUGUGCCACAGGAAAUGGAGGUUUUGUCAACACUCUGCUGUCGUGGUCAGCGUUUGUGCCGCUAGCCCGUCUCUCCUACUGUAUAUAUCUAACUCAUCCUUUCAUUAUGUCCACCUACUCAGGGACUCAACGAACUCAGCUAUACCUGGACGACUUUAACAUUGUAAAUAUUUUCCUGGGCCAUCUCGUCCUGUCCACAAUGUCAGCAUUUGUAGCCUCGUUAUCAUUUGAGGCACCAAUGAUGGGUUUAGAGAAAGUUAUCUUGAAAAGACAGCGGGCACAGUAAACAAAAGCAUUUUUAGUAU